UGGGACACCUCUCUGGCAAUCUGUCAGUGCCUGGAUCAGCUGCAUCCUUUCUGGGGUAUUUUCUCACCAGACUGACAGUCCUUAAGACAAGUAUGCAGUUAAGCUGCUAAGGGAUGGAAGAAGCCAGUCUGUGCCUUGGAGUGUCCUCAGCGGCGCCGGAAGCUGAGCCCCACCUAAGCGGCCCCGUCCUCAACGGCCAGUAUGCCAUGAGUCAGAAGUUGCACCAGAUCACCGCCCAGCUCAGCCAUGCCUUCCCCGAGCUGCAUCCACGGCCUAACCCCGAGGAGAAGACGCCUGCGCCCCUCGAGGAGAAGGCCCACGUGCCCAUGAGUGGCCAGCCCAUGGGCGGUCAGAUGGCUCUCCUGGCCAACCAGCUGGGCCGGGACGUCGACACCAGCCUCAAUGGGCGGGUGGACCUGCAGCAGUUCCUCAACGGGCAGAACCUGGGCAUCAUGUCCCAGAUGAGCGACAUCGAGGACGACGCCCGAAAAAACCGCAAGUACCCCUGCCCCCUGUGUGGCAAGCGGUUCCGCUUCAACAGCAUCCUGUCCCUGCACAUGCGCACUCACACCGGCGAGAAGCCCUUCAAGUGCCCCUACUGCGACCACCGGGCGGCACAGAAGGGGAACCUCAAGAUUCACCUGCGGACCCACAAGCUGGGCAACCUGGGUAAGGGACGCGGGCGCGUGCGUGAGGAGAACCGCCUGCUGCACGAGCUGGAGGAGAGGGCCAUCCUGCGGGACAAGCAGAUGAAGAGCAGCCUGCUGCAGCCCCGGCCCGACCUGAAGCCCCUGCCGCACGCCCAGCAGGCCCCGCUGGCCGCCUGCAGCCUGGCCCUGCCUGCCAACCACAGCGUGCCCGACGUGGCCAACCCGGUGCCCUCGCCCAAGCCGGCCAGCGUGCAGGAGGACGCGGCGGUGCCGGCCGCUGGCUUCCGCUGCACCUUCUGCAAGGGCAAGUUCAAGAAGCGGGAGGAGCGGGACCGCCACAUCCGCAUCCUGCACAAGCCCUACAAGUGCACGCUGUGCGACUUCGCGGCCUCGCAGGAGGAGGAGCUCAUCAGCCACGUGGAGAAGGCGCACAUCACCGCCGAGUCGGCCCAGGGCCAGGGCCCCAACGGCGGCGGGGAGCAGUCGGCCAACGAGUUCCGCUGCGAGGUGUGCGGGCAGGUGUUCAGCCAGGCGUGGUUCCUGAAGGGCCACAUGCGGAAGCACAAAGACUCCUUCGAGCACUGCUGCCAGAUCUGCGGCCGGCGCUUCAAGGAGCCCUGGUUCCUCAAGAACCACAUGAAGGUCCACCUCAACAAGCUGUCGGUGAAGAACAAGGUCCCCAGUGACCCCGAGGGGCCUGUGCCCAUGGGUGGCAUGUCCCAGGAGGCCCACGCCAACCUGUACUCCAGGUACCUCUCCUGCCUGCAGAGUGGCUUCAUGGCCCCAGACAAAGCUGGCCUGAGUGAGCCCAGCCAGCUCUAUGGCAAAGGGGAGCUGCCCGGGAAGGAGAAGGAGGUCCUGGGGAAGCUGCUGUCUCCCAUCUCCAGCAUGGCCCACGGCGUCCCCGAGGGCGACAAGCACUCCCUCCUGGGAUGCCUCAACCUCGUGCCGCCGCUGAAAUCCAGCUGCAUUGAGCGGUUGCAGGCGGCUGCCAAGGCUGCUGAGAUGGACCCGGUGAACAGCUACCAGGCGUGGCAGCUCAUGGCCAGGGGCAUGGCCGUGGAACACGGCUUCUUGUCUAAAGAGCAUCCGCUGCCCCGCAGCCACGAAGACACUUUGGCAAACGCCGGAGUUCUGUUUGAUAAGGAGAAGCGGGAGUACGUGUUAGUGGGAGCAGAUGGCUCCAAGCAGAAAAUGCCUGCUGAUUUGGUUCACGGCACUAAAGUGGGCAAUCAGAGGGACCUGCCAAGCAAGCUUGACCCUUUAGAAGGCAGUCGGGAUUUUUUGUCACACGGGCUGAACCAGGCCCUCGAAUAUAACCUGCAGGGUCCCGGGAACAUGAAGGAGAAGCCCACCGAGUGCCCGGACUGUGGCCGAGUGUUCCGCACCUACCACCAGGUGGUCGUGCACUCCCGUGUACACAAGCGGGACCGCAAGGGCGAGGAGGACGGGCUUCACGUGGGCCUGGACGAGCGGCGUGGCUCGGGCAGUGACCAAGAGUCCCAGUCGGUGAGCCGCUCUACCACGCCAGGCUCCUCCAACGUCACCGAGGAGAGUGGGGUUGGAGGCGGGCUCUCUCAGACCGGGAGUGCCCAGGAGGACAGCCCGCAUCCCUCCUCGCCGUCCUCCUCAGACAUCGGCGAGGAGGCUGGGAGAUCCGCCGGCGUCCAGCAGCCAGCGCUGCUUCGCGACAGGAGCCUGGGCUCGGCCAUGAAGGACUGCCCGUACUGCGGGAAGACCUUCCGGACAUCCCAUCACCUGAAGGUCCACCUGAGGAUACACACAGGUGAGAAGCCCUACAAAUGUCCGCACUGUGAUUAUGCCGGCACCCAGUCAGCAUCCUUAAAAUACCACUUAGAACGGCACCACCGGGAGCGACAGAACGGAGCCGGGCCGCUGUCUGGACAGCCCCCAAACCAAGAGCACAGGGACGAGCUGUCCAACAAAGCCGCCUUGUUUAUCAGGCCAGACAUCCUGAGGGGGGCCUUUAAGGGUCUCCCCGGAAUCGACUUCCGAGGUGGCCCUGCCGCUCAGCAGUGGACAUCAGGAGUGCUCUCGUCUGGGGACCACUCGGGGCAGGCCACCGGCAUGUCCUCUGAGGCUCCUGCAGACGCCCUGAAAGGCGCCGACCUUCCUUCCAAAAGCACCCACUUCUCCGAAAUCGGAAGAGCUUAUCAAAGUAUUGUGAACAACGGUGUGCAUUUCCAAGGGUCCUUGCAAGCUUUCAUGGACAGCUUUGUCCUGAGCUCGUUGAAGAAGGAGAAGGACAUGAAGGACAAAGGCCUGUCUGACCCUCCUUCCACGAAAGUCCACGGGGCAGACGGCGGCGAGGAGAAGACUGGCGGUAAGGCAGCCCCGAGGAAGUCAGACAAGUCUCAGUACGAGCCUCUAGACUUGUCCGUGCGGCCGGACGCCGCCUCCCUCCCCGGCUCGUCAGUGACUGUGCAAGACAGCAUCGCAUGGCACGGCUGCUUGUUCUGUGCAUUCACGACGUCAUCUGUGGAGCUGAUGGCUCUUCAUCUCCAGGCCAACCACCUGGGCAAAGCGAAACGCAAAGACAGUGCUGUCGGGGUGACAGUCAAUUGCAAAGACCAAGCCCGGGAGGCAAGUAGAAUGGCUCUGUUGCCCUCAGUGCAAUCUGGCAAAGAGAUGGCGCUUUCCAACAUGAUGGGGCCUCUAGACUCUGCUUCUGAGAAGAUGGCCCAAGGACAGGUCAAAGAGACUCUGGGAGAGCAGAAGAGCGGCACGUGGCCGGGCCACGUGGAGCCCGCGUUUUGUAACUUCCCAUCGGACUUCUACAAGCAGUUUGGGGUUUACCCAGGCAUGGUUGGCUCAGGGGCCCCCAGUUCCUGCCCCGACAAGGAGCCCGAUGGGAAGGCCCACCCAGAAGAUGACGCCCCGAUCCUGAUCCCCGAAACCACAAACAAGACUACUACCGAUGACCUCUCCGACAUCGCCUCCUCGGAGGACAUGGACUCCUCCAAGGGAGAGAACAACGAUGAAGACGAUGUUGAAACGGAGCCGGAGAUGAUGAGCAAGCCCCAGUCUGCCCUCAGCAAGGACAGCAGCCGUGACGGGGGGGACAGCCUGCUGCGCACAGGCACCCCGCAGCCCGCCCAGGGACUGGCCUCACCUUUACCCCAGGCGUCGGAGAAGCAGUGGCACAGCCCGGGCCUUCUUCCAGCCCAGGACCCCUCUGUGGGCCUGCCCAAGCCGGAGCGGGGGCCCCAGGGCCUGGAGAAGCCGAUGAACAUGCUGUCGGUCCUCAGGGCCUACAGUUCUGAGGGCUUAGCAGCCUUUAACGGACUUGCAAGUAGCACAGCAAAUUCUGGAUGUGUCAAGAGGCCAGACUUGUGUGGUAAGUUUUAGAAUCCUCUUCCUCUAGUUCAUUGCCCAGAAGAUCAGUGCAGA